CAAACUUUUCUACAAACCAACUUAGGGUCCUGUCCGUUACAUUACUUUGUAAACGAUAAAUAAGCAAUGAGACUCGUGAUGCCGGGUUGUGUGAGCCACGUGCGGAGCGUGCCGGCGUUACGCGUGCUGGUUCUUUUAUUGGCUAUGGCUUUAUACUUAUCUAUGGGUGCCACAGUCUUUCAAGCAAUCGAAGGACCUGUUGAAAAGGCAAGGGAGGAUCGAGUGGAGAUGGCGAAAAGUAAUUUUCUACGCGAUCAUCCCUGUGUUUCAGAUGCGGACCUAGAGGCACUCCUGGACGUGGUGAUAACUGCCAGUAACCAAGGUGUAUCAGGUUCUAGAAAUGUCAGUGCGGGCCCUAAUUGGACUUUUGGUCAAUCGCUCUUCUUUGCAUCUACUGUCGUUACUACUAUUGGUUAUGGUCACGUAACACCACUGUCAAAGCCAGGAAAAAUGUUUUGCAUGGCGUACGCUCUGCUUGGAAUCCCAUUGACUCUGGUACUGCUGUCUGCUCUGGUGGAACGUCUGUUGCUCCCAGCGACCGCCAUGUUGAGGGCGCUCAAUAGUUCCCUGGGACAUUUAUAUCGUCCAUUUACUAUACGGCUUGUGCAUCUCUCUAUUAUUGUGCUUAUGCUUGUUGUAUUCUUCCUGGUGAUACCGGCGGGAGUGUUUUCUGCCAUUGAGCCGGAAUGGGACUACUUGGACUCGUUCUACUACUGCUUCAUCUCGCUCACUACCAUCGGCCUUGGUGAUUACAUUCCUGGGGAUUACCCUGAUCAGAUGUAUAGACCGCUCUAUAAAGUUGCUACGACAUUUUACUUAUUACUGGGCCUGACGUUCCUCAUGCUGACUCUGACUGUCUUCUAUGAUAUACCUCAGUUGAAUCUUAGCAGCGUGUUUUCUUCGAUGAAACUUGACGACGACCCAGAGAAGAUGCGUUUAAGUGGAUCUGGGGGAAUUCCUGGAUACGGCAUCGGGGGCCUCAUGAUGAGGGAUGACUACAACCAUCAUGACCAACGCCGCUCCGUUGUGCACAUCAGGCCACAUUUGGAUGACAGCCCGAGCCCCGAGGACACCACACCGGUACACGCCAGGGACCUUAGAGUCCAGUAAAAUUUUAUCCAACAAUAGUCCGGCUUAUUCUGAAAACCUUGAGCGACUCAUAUUUUAUUCUUACGUCACUGUAUCCACUAUUAAAGGAUCGAUAAAGUCGGCCGUCAACAAAUAUUAGACUAGACGCGAUGUGAAUAUUUUUGCUCACUGAAUUUCUUUAGUUUAAGCAUUUUUUGAGUGUUAUGCUUAAUUGAAUGUAGAUAUUGUGUUGGUGUAUAAGAGAAAAACAUAGAAUGUGUCUAUUAACAUCACAAACAUAAUUACUUCUUCUGACAUUUUUUAUGGUAGACAUGACUAAAAGUUGAUAGAAAAUACAUAUACUUACACCUAAAACAUGAAAGGUCGAUCAUACCUACUUCUCUUCUCUCGGCUACACUGCUCAAGUAUUCUGAGUUUUCCAAAGGUCCGAAGUAGCAUAAUGCCAUAUGUUAAGAUAAUUUUUUUGAAAAUCGGCGCAAAUACUUCAUGUUAUAUUUCAAGAAUUAAUCUUCGAAAAAGUUUGUUUCACUUACUGUUUAAGUAGACUUAUUAAUGUUUAAGAACUUGAAGGCAUUAAUUAUUAUUUUCUACGUUGACUUAUUAUUAUUUUUUCAUUGAAUUGAAUCAAUUUUAGCUUUUAAUAAAACUUUUAUAUGUUAGACCAAUAAAUAAUAAUUUAGCGUAAGAAAUGAAAUAUCAAUGUAUUUUAGAUGUUGUCGUAUAAAAAAAUACAAAAUUAUACAAAAAAUAUAUACGUAUCAAAAUCAUUACAAAAUAUUUAGAUUAUGAAUAAAACUUUAUGUAUAUAGAGAGAACCUAUUUAUAUGUGUCUAUAUAUAGUUAAGUAGGUCCCUAUUUACAAAAUAUGUAAGCGUACUCGAAAACUACCUAUAUCUGAAAGAAAAUAAAUAACUACUUCUACCUUUAGGUAUUAUAUUAAUUAAAAGAAAUUUAGACAAUCCAAAAUAAAUAAAAAUAUCUAUCAAUUGCAAUAGAUGUAUUCAAAAUUUAAUUUUAAUAACAUAAUCAAACUUUGUUAUUUAAAUCACCGUCCCACGAUUUUAUCAAAUCAAAAUUAUUAAUAAAUCUGCGAAAAUAGAUUUAGUAUUUCUUAGUAAGACUGACAAAAUUUAUAAAGUUUGCACUUUUCUAAUGCGAGUUUGAACGUUUUCCAUAACACGAUAUAUAACUUCCGUUAUAAAAAUCAAAAUUACUACGAAAAAAUCCACAUCCAAAGUUUUAGUUAAUUUUAUUUUACUUUAAAAAUGAUUUGAAAUUAACGAAAACUAUUGGGAAUUGCCUCUCCUAGAAAUUAAAUUUUCGGAAAACACUGAGAAAAGAUUAGGUACUUUAUAAGUUUAUUGCUGCUGAAUUAAUACAAGCACAAAAUACUUUCUUUACUUGUUAUCACGAUGAAUGUAUUAUUUUUUUUUUUAUAUUGCAACAUAUAUUUUUAUAUUUGAUCUCGCAUGACUUUACAACAAGUUCUAGAAUUAGCUUCCUACCCUCUUAAUUUUCAACUAGGGCUGUGAUUGUUAUCGUUUCGGUUAUUAUUUAGAACGAAAUAUGGACAAUAUGGCAAAUGUUUAUUAAGCUAUUGAUACACCAUGCGUCUAAAAUACCCAAGAAGAACUGUAAGGCAAGUUGUUAUUUAAAUAGAUUUUAUUAUUAUAAGUAUCUAUUAAAAAGAAAAUAUUUUUUUUCUAUUCUAUAAGUAUAUAUUUUUAAAACAAAACUAGAUAACAAUAUUUAAAAUGCACAGAAUUAACGAAUUUAUAUGAACUUAUGCGUAAAUAUAUUAAAUUUAACACGACAGAUAUGUACGAUCAAAUAAAAAAAUUAUAAAAUUUGAUGGAAGACAGAUGUGUAAAAAUCUGUUGUUUGUGAACUUUUAGCUUUGUUUCGGUAGCCGUCUCAGCAUCGAUAGUUGAUUUACUAAUAUAAGUCAUUUGUUUACUUUCUACUGAAAUCGAUGGUCUCUAAAGUAUAAAAAUUAUUAUUAUAAAUUACUUAGUAAUUUUCUUCGUGUAUCUCAUGUCACUGUAGUAUGUCUAAAAACACAAUGUAGGCGUAUAAAAUAUUUUGAUAAGUAGCCAUAGACUGUAGCUGAUAGCUGAUGUUGACUCACAAAAAUCAAAAUGCCUUAAAUGGAUAACCGCAUUAAUAGAAGAAAACUAAUGUAUCCAACAUUUAUCUGAAAUAAACUUUUAUAUAGUA